AUGGCUCCAUAUAGUUUGUCGCAGCCACUGUCCUCAGUCUGCUUUGAGGACAAAAUCAAAUUCUCUGCAAGUCAGUCUCUCUCUUUUGCAAGAAGCAAAUGGUUCACACUCCCACAGACUGAGAGUCAAAGCGACGUGAGGAGCAUCAAGCCACCAGAUUUCUCUCUGAGGCUGUACAGAACUCUGUCUGAUCCUCCAAAGAAAGACAGAAAUACACAUUCAAAUCCAGUUCUACGGCAAAAUAGUGAAACAAAGAGGAGAACUGGAGUACUUCUACCAAAGAUUUUACAUGAGAGUUAUCAAAGGGAAAAUCCCCCAAAGUUCAUCACAUCAUACAAGCCUCCUGAUGCUCUGGAAUCUCAGCUGAUGUUUGUCAAGACGGGAAAGUUCCCAUCUGGGUCUUACAAGAACCCCAAACCACAUGACUUCAGACAGCUUAAUGAAGACAUUCCAGACAUUGUUACUACAUAUGACAGAGAUCCUGGCAACCUGAAUUUUAAAUUAAAGACCUUGGACAUCAUUCGGACUUGUCGAUCUGAGUCAGACUUUAGUUUGAGAGACACAAAGACAAGAAUGGACACCUUUAAACCUGCAGAGGCCAGAUGGGAUGUGAGACUCAUCCUUCCUCAGCCAACCUGGCCUCCAAAACCAGCUUCCUACACCAGGCACCGACGAAGAAGAGAAGCACACAGCGCAUUCUUGGACCGCGUGGAGGAGAAACUCUCAAGAUCGUGGAAAAAUAGAUUUUGACUGUCUCUUCUUAAAGUCAUCUUUGAAAAUGAUGAUUUAGAAAAUAAAUAAUAAGUCACUGUGCACAUCUGAGAACACAAUAUGAACUGAAAAGGACCGAACAGAUCUGACUUAUUCAAAGAUUGUUGUCGCUCUAAUCUUAUGGCAGAAAACAUGCAGUAACUGUGGCGUCAUGAAGGUCAUCACACCACUUUAGGGAACCCACUGGUCCACUGACAGCUGCUCAUUCGUUACUCCAGGAAUGAUAAACAUGUGAAGCCUGCACAUGUUUGGAGCAUAUCUGAGGGAGCUGCACAUAUGUGUUUCAUGCGUCUUCUGUGACUCUGUGCUUAACUUGCAGACUAAAUAUAAAAUGAAACAAAUAUCUGUCGCUGCAUUGAGCCACAUGACCUGCAGGCAGGCUGCCAUGUGUUUUUCUAAGCUUACUGCAGCAUGGCUAAUAAAUGUUCUAUUUACUAGUGUUGACCUUAUCAGUGCCACGCUCCAAUACGACUUAAAAUGGAUCAUAGCUCUGUGUAACUAGGUUUAAUAGCUACAUAGCGUGAAUAUACACUAGAACAUACAUAACCAAAACCAACAUGUCUGUCACCUCAGCACUGAGCUAGCUAAGAUGCAAGACCAGCUCUGUGAGGUUUCAUCAUCACAGAUGAACGACACUUUUUUGAUUUUUGAAACAUAAAUUAAAUCCCCUGAAGUAAAAAUCUUAUAACUAAAGUCGGCCUGCAGUGACGGACUAGUGAGUAGAUGAAUCGAGGUGCUGUAACAUAGGCAGCUGGACU